AUGGCACUGCCAUCACUCCUGCUGUUGGUGGCAGCCCUGGCAGGUGGGGUGCGUCCUCCGGGGGCGCGGAACCUGACUCUGGCGGUGGUGCUGCCAGAACACAACCUGAGCUAUGCCUGGGCCUGGCCACGGGUGGGUCCUGCUGUGGCACUAGCUGUGGAGGCGCUGGGCCGGGCACUGCCUGUGGACCUGAGGUUUGUCAGCUCGGAACUAGAUGGCGCCUGCUCUGAGUACCUGGCACCGCUGCGCGCUGUGGACCUCAAGCUGUACCACGACCCCGAUCUUCUGUUGGGUCCCGGUUGCGUGUACCCCGCUGCCUCUGUGGCCCGCUUUGCCUCACAUUGGCGCCUUCCCCUGCUGACUGCGGGUGCUGUGGCCUCUGGUUUUGCAGCUAAGAAUGAGCAUUAUCGUACUCUGGUGCGCACUGGCCCCUCUGCUCCCAAGCUGGGUGAGUUUGUAGUGACAUUACACGGGCACUUCAAUUGGACUGCCCGUGCUGCCUUGCUGUAUCUGGAUGCUCGCACAGAUGACCGGCCUCACUACUUCACCAUCGAGGGCGUCUUUGAGGCCCUGCAGGGCAGCAACCUCAGUGUGCAGCACCAGGUGUAUGCCCGUGAGCCAGGGGGCCCUGAGCAGGCCACCCACUUCAUCCGGGCCAACGGGCGCAUUGUGUAUAUCUGUGGCCCUCUGGAGAUGCUGCAUGAGAUCCUGCUCCAGGCCCAGAGGGAGAACCUGACCAAUGGGGAUUAUGUCUUCUUUUACCUGGACGUCUUUGGGGAGAGUCUUCGUGCAGGCCCCACACGCUCUACAGGCCGGCCCUGGCAGGACAAUCGCACCCGGGAACAGGCCCAGGCCCUCAGAGAGGCCUUUCAGACAGUAUUGGUGAUCACAUACCGAGAACCCCCAAAUCCUGAGUAUCAGGAAUUCCAGAAUCGUCUGCUGAUAAGAGCCCGGGAAGAUUUUGGUGUGGAGCUAGCCCCCUCCCUGAUGAACCUCAUUGCUGGCUGCUUCUACGAUGGGAUCCUGCUAUAUGCUGAAGUCCUGAACGAGACAAUACAGGAAGGAGGCACCCGUGAAGAUGGACUUCGAAUAGUGGAGAAGAUGCAGGGCCGAAGAUACCACGGUGUAACUGGACUGGUUGUUAUGGACAAGAACAAUGACCGAGAGACUGAUUUUGUCCUGUGGGCCAUGGGAGAUCUGGAUUCUGGGGACUUCCAGCCUGCAGCUCACUACUCAGGAGCCGAGAAGCAGAUUUGGUGGACAGGACGGCCUAUCCCCUGGGUGAAGGGGGCCCCCCCCUUGGACAAUCCCCCCUGUGCCUUUGACUUGGACGACCCAUCCUGUGAUAAAACUCCGCUUUCAACUCUGGCGAUUGUGGCACUGGGCACAGGAAUCACCUUCAUCAUGUUUGGUGUCUCCAGCUUCCUCAUUUUCCGAAAGCUGAUGCUGGAGAAGGAGCUGGCUAGCAUGUUGUGGCGCAUUCGCUGGGAAGAACUGCAAUUUGGCAAUUCAGAACGAUAUCAUAAAGGUGCAGGCAGUCGCCUCACACUGUCGCUGCGGGGAUCCAGUUACGGCUCGCUCAUGACAGCCCAUGGGAAAUACCAGAUCUUUGCCAACACCGGUCACUUCAAGGGAAAUGUUGUUGCCAUCAAACACGUGAAUAAGAAGCGCAUUGAGCUGACCCGGCAGGUUCUGUUUGAACUCAAACAUAUGAGAGAUGUUCAGUUCAACCAUCUCACUCGCUUCAUUGGUGCCUGCAUUGACCCUCCCAACAUUUGCAUUGUCACCGAGUAUUGUCCUCGUGGGAGUUUACAGGAUAUUCUGGAAAAUGACAGCAUCAACUUGGACUGGAUGUUUCGUUAUUCGCUCAUUAAUGACCUUGUUAAGGGCAUGGCCUUUCUCCAUAACAGCAUUAUUGCAUCCCACGGGAGUCUCAAGUCCUCCAACUGUGUGGUGGAUAGUCGUUUUGUGCUCAAAAUCACAGACUAUGGCCUGGCCAGCUUCCGAUCAACUGCUGAACCUGACGACAGCCACGCCCUCUAUGCCAAGAAGCUGUGGACUGCCCCAGAACUGCUUGGUGGGAACCCGUUGCCAACCACAGGCAUGCAGAAGGCUGAUGUCUAUAGCUUUGGGAUCAUCUUACAGGAGAUAGCACUUCGCAGUGGUCCUUUCUACUUGGAGGGCCUGGACCUCAGCCCCAAAGAGAUUGUCCAGAAGGUCCGAAAUGGUCAACGGCCAUAUUUCCGGCCGAGCAUUGACAGGACCCAACUGAAUGAAGAGUUGGUUUUGCUGAUGGAGCGAUGUUGGGCCCAAGAACCAGCUGAGCGGCCAGACUUUGGACAAAUUAAGGGGUUCAUUCGCCGCUUUAACAAGGAGGGCGGCACGAGCAUACUGGACAACCUGCUGUUGCGCAUGGAGCAGUAUGCCAAUAACCUGGAGAAGCUGGUGGAGGAGCGCACACAGGCCUAUCUGGAGGAGAAACGCAAGGCUGAGGCUCUGCUCUACCAAAUUCUACCCCAUUCAGUGGCAGAGCAGUUAAAACGGGGAGAGACUGUACAGGCUGAGGCCUUUGACAGUGUUACCAUCUACUUCAGUGACAUUGUUGGCUUCACAGCUUUGUCAGCAGAGAGCACCCCCAUGCAGGUGGUGACACUUCUUAAUGACCUGUAUACCUGCUUUGAUGCCAUAAUUGACAACUUUGACGUCUACAAGGUAGAAACGAUUGGAGAUGCCUACAUGGUGGUGUCUGGUCUCCCAGGCCGAAAUGGUCAACGUCAUGCCCCGGAAAUUGCUCGUAUGGCUCUAGCACUACUGGAUGCAGUUUCUUCCUUCCGCAUCCGCCACCGACCCCAUGACCAGCUGAGGCUACGCAUAGGGGUCCACACGGGGCCCGUCUGUGCUGGGGUUGUUGGCCUGAAGAUGCCCCGCUAUUGUCUCUUUGGAGACACGGUGAACACUGCCUCCCGAAUGGAGUCUAAUGGUCAAGCCCUGAAGAUCCAUGUCUCCUCUACCACCAAGGAUGCCCUGGAUGAGCUAGGAUGCUUCCAGCUAGAGCUUCGGGGGGAUGUGGAGAUGAAGGGAAAAGGAAAGAUGCGAACUUACUGGCUCCUAGGAGAGCGGAAAGGCCCUGCUGGGCUCCUGUAA